GCAGUCAGAGAGGACUGAGAGCAGAGGAGAGGAGACAGUGGGGGAGGGUCACGUGUGUACACAGUGUGGGGCUCAGCAGCACUUCAGCAGUAGUAAAGUCUGCGGACGGACGGCCCCCUUUUUCAGAACGAGCCUCAGUCCGUAAAGUUGAUAGAUGUGGAGCGAAGCUAAGGCGAACGCGCUGAAACGGAUCAUUUCUGUGCGUCGAGGCUCCACACGCGAGCGCAGGAGGAAGCAGCAGCAGCAACAUAAGCAGCAGCAGCAGCAGCAGCGUAAUCUAGUUCCCUCACCUUCUGUUUGUUCUGAGUUUGGACGUUUGUUUGUCAAAUGAAACGACCGAGAAAUGCCAGUGGAAAUGCUGCAUCCGAACCCGAUGCCUCCGUAGGUUUGUCACCGAGCCAAAGCCAAACGUUUCUGCUGACCUGUUGAUCGUACUUGACCAGUGUCAGAGGCCAGCGAUGUGGAUCUGCAUGGUUUACAAUGAGACGGACACCAGUGUGGACAUCCGCCUCUGCCAGGACUUCAGCCUCAUCCUCUCAGUCUCCUCCCUCAUCUACCUCCUGGUGUGCUUCCCACUGGGGCUGUGCUACAAUGUGCUGCUGGUCGUGGUCAACCUCUCCAACAAGGUGUCCAUGACCAUGCCGGACGUCUAUUUCGUAAACAUGGCCAUCGCGGGCCUCGUGCUCAACGUGGUGGCUCCCGUGGAGCUGCUGAGCUCCACCUUCACCUACUGGUAUGCGUGGGAGUACAACAACGAGGUCUACAUCACCCUGCUCAUCCUCUUCAACAUCUCCUCUCUGGUCAUUAUGUAUUCCACCACGCUGCUCAGUCUGGACUACUACAUCGAGCGGGCGCUGCCUCGCACGUACAUGUCCAGCGUGUACAACACCAAACACGUGUGCGGGUUCAUCUGGGGCGGCGCGGUGCUCACCAGCUUCUCCUCGCUGCUCUUUUACGUGUGCAACCACAUCUCCACCAAGAUGGUCGAGUGCUCGAAAAUGCAGAACAAGGAGGCGGCGGACGCCAUCAUGAUGUUCAUCGGCUACGUGGUUCCAGCUGUGGCCGUCCUUUACGCCUUUGUGCUGAUUUUGCGCAUCAGGAAGGAGUCCACGCCUCUGGACCAGGACUCUGCUCGUUUGGACCCUUCUAUACACAGGCUGCUGUUGGCCUCAGUCUGUGUACAGUUUGUCCUCUGGACUCCAUACUAUAUGACUCUGUUGGUACAUACUGUAGCCGGAGCGCCAGGGCACCAUAGCAACCCACAAUACUUAAAUACUUAUUAUUUCUUGGGAUGUGUGUCGAAGCUGCUGGCGUUCUCCAGCAGUUUUGCGAUGCCUCUCAUGUACAGGCAGAUGAACAAGAACUUCUCCAAUAAGCUCCAGCGGCUGCUCCGGCGGCUGCACUGCGGAGGCCAGUCUUGCCCUCAUGAACGCUCUACAGUGCAGCAAGUGGUGACGUGAGAUCACCCCUGCACCCCCCCAAAUCCUUGAAGAUCAGUAACCUCCCAAUCCCCUGUAUCUGUUUCAUGGCCUAGCCGGCACUUAUUCCCCCCCCCACCCCCUGGGCUUCAUUGCUGCUCUGGACUGUGUUAAGAGCGACGUAGCUAACUGUGGAAUUUCCUGUCACUUUCCAGGACUUGAUCAGAUUUAUCCUGUUCUGCAGUGAGACACACAAAAACCACUAAGUGCUGUUGUUUUUUUGUUGUUUUUUUUGUCACAGAGUGAAGUUCUUUAUCUGUGGGCUUCUAGUUUCAGAGCGGUAAAUUUGACACAAUCAGGCAAACCAACAACAACAAGGACUCCCCCAAUCACUUACGCCUGUGCUUGGGUGUUGUAUUGUGUUACACUGUUGUCGUGCUCAUGCACAACUGCCUGCAUUUUUACUGUAAAGUCUCAAUAUGCUAUCAGAUUUACACGGCCCAGCCAAAGAAAAAGUCACAUACUGUAAUAUUCUGAUUACUUCCGAUCAGAAAUACUUAGCAGUUUUUUUAUCUCAGAUCUAGGUUCAGCAGCGUUAUGAGGUCAGCUGACUUUCUAAAAAUUACAGAAUGACCAGGGUUUUUUGAGCAUAUUUGAAGAUAGAUCAAAUUGUAAAACAAAGGUUCACGGAGCAUGAGUCAUAAUUUUUUGAACCAUGAACCCUGUUCCCACUGGUCAAAACAAUCUAAUUUCUUCUUCAUCUGCCCAUUUUGGUAGCUAGCUGUUAGCAUAGCUGUUAGCAUAAAUGUUUGUUGCAAAAUUGUGUUAGUCGCCUUUUCUUUGCGCAGAGGUCUCAAACUCAUGGCCCAUGGGCCAAAUGUGGCCCCUCCAACUGAUUUCAUGUCAUAAGUUAUUUAUACAUUUCUUUAAAAAAUGUAGUCAUGUUGCAUCAUAAAGACUACUGUCCAGACUAGAUGCUCAGUAGCUCCCAGGUCAUUUGAGUUGACACCCCUGUUUAGUGGUUUCACCCAAGUGCAGAAAAUCCCUGGCUAUGGAUUUGUCACCUCAUAGUCCAGACCUUAACCCCACUGAGAGUUUUUGGGAUUAUGCUAAGGAAGACUUAACACAGUACUAACAGAAAGUGGAGUGUGCGACUUUUUCCGGGCUGGGCCGUGUAUUUUGGAAUCUCUGUAUCGUUUCCUUUCAGCAUAAUGCGUUUCCCCCCACAAUCACACAGCCAGAACCAGUAAGCUAUUAACUUUAAUUAUCAAGCGACGCCAAGUUAUUUUGUGUUCUCAAGGAGAAAACUGUGUAUCAGCAACUUAGCAUCGCUAAUGAACUUCCUUUGUGUGUCAACAUUUGCACUUAGCGCUCGCAGCUAACGGCACCGUUUUCUUCCCCCUGAAGCUAGAGGCCUUGAUCACUUGAAUGAAAAAGACGGGAGCCGGAUUUUACCCCCCCUUUUACACAUGCGGUGAAAGUAAAUAUGUAUUCUUGACAUUUCAAAGGUGAAGUACAAAGUUAACAGUCUCCCUCAGAUGUUGUGGCUUCUUAACUUCUUAAAGCUAUUUUCUUUACCGAUGCCAGCGCUAGCCUGUCGCUGUAAGUUGGUGGCUAGUGUGAAGAGUUGUUCUCAUUUCAUGUUAAUAGAAAACUGUAUUCCAAGCUCCACGAGAAACGUUAAAGUCAUACAGAACUAAGCUCGUAUUCAGGGUUCAGACAUAACAAGUAUACCUCUGGUGAUCUCCGCUGAAAUCACAUCACAUUUGUUGUAGUCAACAAGCGGUUCUGUGCUUUCAUCUGUCGCGCACGCAGAGCCUUACUCACAUGGGGGUCAGUAAAGUCCACGCGGGGUCAUGGGGAAGACACCCGAGCAGGUGGAAUGUACAUUCCCCGAAAUUGCAUGCACACUCACGAGUGGCUGGGGAGGGUUUUUGUUCAGUGGAAAUAUGUAGCCUGACCAAGCUGCAGCUCCAGCAGCAGCAGCAGCAGUCAUCAACAAAUAUUCACCUGCCAAACACCCGCAGACCGUCCCAAUGACAUGCAUGAUCCCGCACAUCUUCGGCACAACGAUUUUGACGAACCCAAGUGAUUAAAAACAAACAGUGAAAUGUUGUACUUGCACCAUGGAAUCAGUUUCUUUUUGUUUGUUUGUUUUGUUAGUGUGUUGCCAGUUCAUGAUGCAUCCUGUGAACAGAUACUGCAGCGGUGUGGGGCAUUAAUCUGAAGGUGGACACACGGCUUUUAUUUCCACUCACGUUAAACGUUAAAUCAUAAUAAUUGUAAUAAAAAAACACUUUGACUGAAACAUUUAAAAGAUUGGACAAUGAUUUCAUGCCUGUCAUAUGUGUUUGUAUCUCACGUAUUGUGCGUUUAAAACUAUUUAUGGGCAGAAAGUGUAAUACUCGUUACUCGUUGAGUAAAGAAGCACAAAGUGGAUUUGAAACAGUGUCCAUCAAUUUACUUCCUCCCACACAGCCCCACCAUCAUUAUGCACGAGUCGGUAGGAAGUUUAUUUUCCACUUAAGCUGUAUGUUUACAUGACAAGCUACAAUGUGUGCUAUUUUUUUUAUUUUUAAAGAAGGCAGAAAAUAGGGAUUGUGACACAGUUAAUCAUUAUUUGAAGUUCAAAGUCCCACUGCUUACUAUUCCUGUCCAAUUGGAAGUCAAAAAGAGCGACACAGAACGUCAAAUGAUUAGAGUCCAAGCCUGUACUGAUCCAUUUUUAUUAACUAAAACCAAAUCAAUUUCAAUUAUUUGACAACUGAUCAUGUUUUCACUGGUGUUUUAAUUCAGAUAACAUCAAUGGUAAAUUGUCACGAAAACACGUGAGACUCUGUUGCAGAAACUGAAAGACAAUCUUGACGACUUUUGGAGAUUAGUGUGAUUUUUAAGUACCACGUUGCUGCAGUGGAUGCAAUUACGCAAAGCAAUUCAGUUAAUGUAAAGACGGCGUCACUUCUAACAUCUAAUCAGGUUUUAAAUGUUGGGUUUUUUCUAUCUCACUAAGAUGUGGGCUAAAACAAACACCUUUAGCCCGAAGCUAAUAAUUAGCAGUCACCACAAAUUGACUGACUGCACGAUAUUCGCGAGCAGCAAAAGAAAGCGUGAUCAAAGAAGGACCCAACCCCUGAUGAGUGCACUGUCUGCCUGCCUGUCUGCCUCGCUCUGGUUUGUUAUUUCAGAGUGAAGAAGAAGAAGAAAUCUGAGUGAUAAUCACUGAGUUGGGUUAAUUUACUGAAACACGCUGAGUGUGAAAAAAAAAAACAGGGUUUCGAAUGUAUGCGCUCGCAUUUCAGACGUUUGAAUGGAAAAAAAAAUAGAAAAAAAAACACAACCUCAGAAGUUAAGAUGUGUCCACUUUCAGAUGUGAUGCUUUAGUGCCUGUGUAUAUGUGAUGUGUAUAUAUUGUGUGUCAGAGAUUUACAGGAAGACAUCGUGCUCUUUCUUUGAAAAAAAAGAAAAGCAAAGAAAGACCUACAGUGUUAUAUUAUGAGAGAUGUACUACGAUGAUUCUGUAAGAAAUCAACUGUCAACUGAGUCAAAGACUGAUUAAACAAUAAACUAACA